AUGAAUUUAAUUAAAGAAACAAAUUCAAUAUUAAUUUCUCAUCAAGCAUUUUCAAUUUCAUUAAUAUUAGAAAACAUAUUUUCACAUGUAACAUUAAGAAAAGAUAUCCUUCCAUUUUGUUUGGUAAAUCGAUGGUGGAACAAAUUAGCAACCGAAAGGUUAUGGUAUAAAUUUCAAGGAUUGAAAAAUGAUCAAAAGACGGGAGCAUUCUCGAAAUUCUUGAAAAUUUUACAACGAUCGAAUUUAUAUUAUAAUGAUCCAAUAACGAAUGCGGAUAAGAGAAGUAUUCAUCAAUAUGGUAGAUACGUUAAAGUAUUGGAUUUAGAAAAGUUAAAAAUCGAUCACUACAAAUUAUUAGAAACUUUAGAUUGUUGCCCUAGGAUUGAACAAUUUUCACUUGGAAACAUCAAGUUAAAUAAAGUUCAAUUGUAUGAUAUAUCAAAGAGAUUACCGGAAUUGAGAUUAUUUAAAUUUAAUGACAUUGAAAUAAAUGAUGGGAAAGCGUUAGGAGCGAUAGCAAUGUAUUGUUUAAUGUUGGAAGAAUUAAAUUUAAAGAAAGAUAUAGCUUGUGAUCCGAACGUUUUACUUGAUAUCACAAAGUAUUGUAAAAGGUUAACGAAGUUAGAACUCGUGGAGAAAUAUUAUGAGGAUGAAAUCUUGUUACCAUGCUUAUCAAAUUGUCCUAAUUUAACAUUUUUAAAUAUUCAUCGAUGCAUCAGCAUAUCAGAAUCCUUCCUAUUAAGUAUUUUUAAAUCAUGUCCAAAGUUAACCAACGUUAUCGUAGAAAAUGUAUCGGAUAUUACGACCGAAUUCGCUAUUGAAACUUUUAAACAUUUCAGAAAUUUUAAAGUAUUAUCCAUACAAUAUGUAGAAAGGUACUUGGAAUCCAAAAUUAAAGCAAAUGAAAGUUCAAUAAAUGUUAAUUUGUAUAAUGCGGAAUUGGGUAGAAUUAUCGAUUAUUUCAAGAAGGAUGAUGAUGAUGAAAUGAAACCACGUCAUGUAUUAAAGGAAUUAGCGUUGGUAGACGUUCCAUUAAAUAAGCUUAAUCUUGAAAUCAUUUGUAAAGGGUUAGAUCAAUUAACUAGGUUAGAAUUAUCUGGUGUUCAAGGACUCUCAAAAUAUGUAAGUUUUUCUUUAAAUUUGAUCAUAUUUUCUUCCGUACCUGAACCUUUAUUAAAAGAGGAAUCAAAUCAACUAUUUAAAAAUUGUUCUCAACUGGAAAAUAUUCAAUGGCAAUUACAACGUUUCAGUAGAAAUGAUUAA